AUGUAUCUCAAGACAGAGGUGCUUACGGCCGUUGCGGCUUGGGCCUUUUCCGCGGCCUCUUUGAGUUUGCCUGUUGGCUGCGAUAUCGAGGGCGGUAUCUGUCCACGAGGCGAUGCUGACCUGGAGGCGCUCGGAAGGAAGCUUUCAAGCUCUGCCAAGGUGUAUUUCCCCGGGUCGAGCGAGUUUCAGCAGCUCACAACGCGGUGGUCUGUUCUAGAAGAGCCUAAGGUGAACGUCGUCGUUGUGCCCGGCACUGAGAACGAUGUUGUUCAAACGGUGAAAUUCGCCAACAUCAAGGACCUUCCCUUCCUCACCUACAAUGGUGUCCACGGAGCCCUUGUUUCGCUGGGUAAGAUGGACCAUGGCGUCGGAAUCUCUCUAAGCCAGCUGAACAGCGUCAAAAUUGCCACCGAUGGAAAGACAGUCACCAUCGGUGGAGGAACCAUGUCCAAGAAGGUCACCGACACCCUUUGGGACGCAGGAAAGCAGACAGUUACUGGAACCUGUGAAUGUGUCAGUGUUCUAGGACCGGCGCUUGGCGGUGGACAUGGAUGGCUCCAGGGUCACCACGGACUCGUCUCUGACCAAUUCGUGUCGAUGAAUGUUGUUCUCGCCAAUGGUACCCUGAAGAAAAUUAACAAAAACUCCGACCUCUUCUGGGCGAUGAAGGGCGCUGGCCACAACUUUGGCAUUGUGACUUCUCUCACCAGCAAGAUCUAUGAUAUCGAGCACCGCGACUGGGCUAUCGAGACGAUCAGCUUCAGUGGCGAUAAGGUCGAGGCUGUCUACGAGGCUAUCAACGAACAUCUCCUGAAGAAUGGCACGCAGCCCGCGGAUGUCAUCGAAUGGUCGUACUGGAUGAACGACCCCACCGUUGACCCUAACAACCCCGUCAUCGUAGUCUAUCUCAUUCAGGAGGGAGUGACUGCCAUUGACUCAAUCUACACCAAGCCUUUCCACGACAUCGGACCGCUUGCUAUUGUGCCCCAGGCAGGCACCUACAAGGACCUCGCUGCAUGGACCGGCAUUGCCCUCGACUCCGCGCCAUGCCAGAAUAUGGGAAUGGCUAACCCCCGUUUCCCCAUCUACCUUGAAACAUACGACGUCCCGGCUAUGAGGAAGGCAUGGGACAUCUACGAACCUGCCAUCCGUGGAACUUCCCCCUUCAGCUACUCAAUCUUGAUGUUUGAGGGUUACUCCUUCGGGGGCGUCCACAAGAUCACUACCCGCGAGAGUGCUUUCCCAUUCCGUAGCGAGAACAUCCUUGCUGCCCCAAUGAUCAACUACGUGCCUGUCGAUCAAGCACUUGAGGACAAGGCGGUCGCUUUGGGUAACGAGCUCCGCAACAUCCUCCACGAAGCCAGUGGCCGCGAUGAUAUUCGCGCAUAUGUCAACUAUGCCUACGGAAAUGAGACGAAUCACCAGCUGUAUGGCGACAAUGCCAAGCGCCUGGCAGCCUUGAAGAAGAAGUAUGACCCUACUGGCAAGUUUAGCUUCUACGCACCAAUCGCAUAG